AUGCCCCAGACGAGCCAAGGGCGAGACUGCCACGCCUUUGAUGCCACAGAUGCAAGUGACAUUGACCCCGUGACCUUUCGAAUGAAGAACCCUACUAUGGAUUGGUGGUUCCGUUCCCAAACAGAAGUCGACCUUGAGCUCGGGACUAAGCUCAUUGGGCGUAUCGUCAUUGGCCAUGUUCCGGACGAGGUGUCGGCGCCGGAGCUUGGCGACUUUUUUGGCAAGGUUCCUCUACCCGUCAAAAAUACGCAUCCGCAGCAGAGUUGCGUGACGUGGGUUGAGGAUGCCAUUCGAAAUCUGCAGGAGCAAGGCUGGGUCCAGAAAUUUAAUAUUGAUCGGUUCAAAGACUGGGCGCUCUCGUAUGCUGAUGAGAGAAUGAAGGGAGCGGACUCGAGUGAGCCGUCUGUAAAGUAUUACAAUGUCGAGAGUUAA